CUUACGACAACAUGGAGGCACCGGAAAGCUAUGUAAAAGAAGAUCGUUCUCCGGAUUCUGAGGACGUUUUUAGAAGGGAGUUCAAGCGAUAUAAGGCAAAGGACCCAGCACCAAAACUGGAUGAAGUUAUUGACUUCGAGACAUCGCGAGACAGGAAGAUAAUACCUGUACAAAUUGAUCCAAAGAACAUUACUGACCACGAAUCACUAGCCAGACUGGGGCUGUUACAUCCGAGUGAGUGGAGAGUGUUUGGGCUGGAGGGACUGCUAGGAUUUCUGUUCAUAUUGAACCCCUGGAGGAGAGGGUGUCAGAGGUACUGGGUGACACGGUGUCUCAGGGACUACCCCUGUAAACCUAACGUCACAAACCUGGACAAACUACAGCAUGGAGUAGACAAUGUGUGGAAGGAAGGAUACCCAGAAUACAGAAAAUACAGACUGCAACAAGGGAAGAAAACCCAGCCCAAGACCUUGCUUCACAAGUUGAGGUGGACAACACUGGGAUAUCAUUAUGACUGGGACAAAAAGGAGUACCACCAGGAUAGGUACACACAGUUCCCUACAGACCUGGCCCAGCUGUCCACACAUGUAGCACAGACUCUGGGCUUCCCUCACUACAAGGCACAGUCUGCUAUAGUCAACUACUAUGGACUGGAUUCUCAGCUAGGGGGACAUGUCGACCACCAGGAGUUGGACUACUCUAAGCCUAUCAUAUCCUUCAGCUUCGGACAGACGGCCAUCUUCUUACUGGGUGGCAAGACGAAGUCAGUCCAGCCAACGGCCAUGUUCCUCAGGAAUGGAGACAUCAUGGUCAUGUCAGGUGACACCAGACUAGCCUAUCACGGUGUCCCUAAGAUACUGAAACCACCAAUGGCAGGACAGCUGCCAGAAGGGCUGUGCGAGGAAGGUGGGGAAGAAGGAGUUCAUGAAUCUAUGCUGCCUGGUGGCAUGGAAGAGUCUUGGGAACAGUCGGCCUUGUUUAUGGAAGAAUGUAGGAUAAACAUUACAGUCAGACAGGUUGUGGCUGAGGGAAAAGGCUUUGGAAAAAGGAGCUGCGAUGAUGAAUUACAAACAGAGCCAAAAAGAACGAAGGAAUCUCAGUACUCCACUGGAUCCUGAUAUUCAGUCUUUUGCUGGUGAUAUUGGUCAUAAAAAUUUUGGCCAACUAAAUUGUAACCUCUACUGGUAAAAUAGUAGAAAUUGGCUAAGUAGACUGAAGAUAAUGCCAGAGAAGUUAGCUGGAUAGUGGCUACAGUUUACAAGUAGCUGGCUAAAUCUGCUGGCAUGAUAUUCGUCUAUGGUAUUUGGCCAAUUUCUACUACGUUGUACUUUUUAUAAAUUGUACAUGGCUGCUAAUCAUGAUACAAAAAGACUGAUCUUAUGACAAGUAAAAGUGGAUUAAAACCUAUGCUUAAAUCUCUGUCUAUGUGUAUGCAUGCACUAUUUUUGUGCUAAGUAAUACGAAGAAUUCAGAAGAAAAUGAAUCAAUUCUUAUGUCUUUG